AUGUCCUCUAGACGCCCCAGACGAAUCAAAAAAACGCCCUUUCUCACCAAGGUCAAAAGCUUUCCCUUUGAUCUCUUCCUCAGCAUCAAUGAAUCGCUAGCGGUGCUGGAACUCGACAACCUACCUCAGACCUACCACAUCUACCUGGGUCUGGCGGCAGACAUUACCAUGAUUCUCAUCCGGCUCUAUUUUGUCAGAUUCGAAACCAAAAAGAAGAGAGACGCGGCAUUGUUCCACAGCAUUGGAAACAACAAGGCUCGGGGCGGUUCGGGAUACUACUCUCUGAGUGCACAAGCAGCAGCCAAGAGACGAUCCAGCAAUGCAAUCUACUCGAUUCUGAUGAUGACGGCUCUGGCUCUGUUUGCAAUCUCUGUCAUCAAUAUGCUAGUCUGCUUCCUCCAGACAAAAAAGUACACGCUGUUUGGGAGAGAUGUCUCCAACGUCCCCGGAACCCCCUCGGCCGCUCUAGAGCCUCUGGAAACACCUUGCGACGACCUGAACCAGUCUGGGGAAGCCCAAUUCAAAACCAUGAUAAAAAAACGACUCUCCGGAUUUAUGAGCCCGGCUCCUGCUCCUCCAGUAGUCGACCCUACCACGACUGAUAGACCCACUCGAGUGUGGGUGCUCAACGUGUGGGAGCCGUCUCUGUUCCAUCUCAACAUAUUUGCGCUCUUCUCGCCUAUACAUGUCAUUGCUCUGUGGUUCGGUCCGCUAAGCUUCGUCCAGGUCUUCAUUACUCUGCCCGCCUUUUCUUUCGCUCUGUAUGCCAUGAGCCACAUGUUCCUGGUCUACGUCAAGGACAAGAACAUCAUCUCGGGCGAGGUGCUCGGCGAGUUUGACAAGAAAGUCGUGCAUCCUCUACUUGGAGUGAUCAAGCAAGACGCUGCUGUUGGAGCUGACGGAUCUUGUGAGUUCUACGACGCUGCGCUGGAUAACAAGUCUGUUUACAGAGAGGCCGGCAUGGCACCCAGCAAGCCUCCUACCCCUGUCAAACUGGACACCCCGACUCGUCGACGGACGUUCGUGCCUACUUCCGGACAGCUCCCCGGAGCAGGUGCCCAAGCGGGUGACGGACUUCGCCAUUUCUCCCACAGACUGAUGGAUGACCGACGAGGCUCUUCAGGAUACACCCCGUCCAGCUUCGGCAACACCGGACCCAGUGUGCCCAACCAUACCACAUUGUCUGGAUCUCCUGUUGGCCGUCCUUGGAGGAGAAAGCAGUAG